UUGGCAUGCUUUGCUAAACAAACGUUAGAUUGGAUUGGGUGUUGUGUUUGUCAACGCAAAAGUGCCUAUCACUUCGCACAGCAAUCAUCACAUAUCUCGCAAAUUUGUGAACACUUAUUUGUAGUGCGAUUCGCUGUAUUUGUUCUGCAAUUGAAAAAUCCUCAAACGCCCUGUAAAUAAUGGAUCCUUCACCUCUCAGCAAAGAAACCCUUCAGAAGUUUCGCAGCGCAUUCUAUGACAGCCCAAAGAACAUUCUUGCCCAGAACGUGUGCAGCAGAGUAGACCCAUUCGAUGUUUGCCUAUCUAGGAAACAAUUGGAGGAUGUCCAGCAUGUGUUCAAUCACAAGGUUGAUGAAGGUAAACCAAUGACCAAUCAGAAAAGUAGUGGCCGUUGCUGGAUUUUUGCCACACUCAAUGUGAUCAGGUUACCAUUUAUGAAGCAGCUCAACAUUGAAGAUUUUGAAUUCUCACAAGGUUACUUAUUCUUCUGGGAUAAAAUUGAGAGGUGCCAUUUCUUCCUCAACAAUGUUGUUGAAGUGACCAAAAGGAAUGAAGCAGUUGAUGGAAGAUUAAUGUCAUUCUUGUUGCAUGAUCCAACCACUGAUGGAGGGCAGUGGGAUAUGAUUGUUAAUGUUAUUAAUAAGCAUGGUUUAAUGCCAAAGAAAUGUUUCCCUGAAUCCUUCAGCUGUGAGGCCAGUUUAAAGAUGAAUCGCAUUUUGAAAAGCAAACUGUGUGAAUAUGCCAAAGCAAUUAGAGACCUAUUAGCUAAAGGUGCAGGAGACAGCGAAGUGAGGCUGUUGAUUGAAUACCAAAUGGAGAAUAUUUUCAGGAUUGUGGGUAUCUGCUUAGGUAUUCCAAGUGAAACAUUCACAUGGAAUUACUAUGAUAAGAACAAGGGUUAUCACACAAUUGGCCCAAUCUCGCCAAAAGAUUUCUAUGAGAAUCAUGUGAAACCUAUUUAUAAUGUGGAUGAUAAGGUCUGCCUGGUCACAGACCCAAGGCCAACGAAUCCAUUUGGAAAAAGUUACACAGUCGAUUGUCUUGGAAAUGUUGUUGGUGGUAGAGCUUGCAUUUACAACAAUCAACCAGCCAAUGUUCUCUUGGAUUUAGUUAAAGCAAGUAUUAAGGAUGGCGAAGCUGUUUGGUUUGGAUGUGAGGUGUCGAAGAGGUUUGCUCCUAAACAAGGAAUCCAAGACCUUGAAAUACAUGAUUUCCCAUUGGUAUUUGGAGUUGAUAUUCAAACAACUCUCACCAAAGCUGAACGUUUGUUAUAUGGAGAAAGUGCAAUGACUCACGCAAUGGUUUUUACUGCAGUUAACACUAACGAUGAAAAUGAGGUAACUAAAUUGAGAAUUGAAAACUCGUGGGGUGAAGAAAGGGGAGAAAAAGGUUAUUUGAUAAUGACAGUGCCAUGGUUCAACGAAUUCGUCUUCGAAGUUGUCGUCGAUAAGAAGUACGUUCCGGAGGACGUUAUGGACGUAUUCAAACAAGAACCUGUUGUGCUGCCGGCUUGGGAUCCGAUGGGAACUUUAGCGCAGUAAAAAGUAAACUCGAUACCUUUAAAUGUUCAAAAGAGAGAGAGAGAGAGAAAUGAAGUGAGAACGAACAUUCUUACCAAAAUUAAUUUUUAAUCAACAAACA